AUGGCUGUUCCUCCCGAUGUGGUCGAGAAAAUUGAAGCUGGAUACAAAAAGUUGCAGGAGGCGCCGGAGUGCAAGUCUCUUCUCAAGAAGUACUUCACUAAAGAAGUUAUGGACCAAUGUAAAGGGCUCAAAACUAAACUUGGCGCGAACUUGCUUGAUGUAAUCCAGUCUGGGGUUGCGAAUCUUGAUAGCGGUGUUGGUGUUUAUGCGCCUGAUGCUGAGUCCUACACUCUCUUCAAACCGCUUUUUGACCCGAUUAUUCAAGACUAUCACAAUGGAUUUGGACCUAACCAGAAGCAGCCCCAAACUGAUUUGGGUGAAGGAAAGACUCAGCUUUUGCCUGACCUGGAUCCUGAGGGUAAAUUCAUCAACUCGACUCGUGUUCGUUGUGGCCGUUCUCUUCAAGGAUAUCCAUUCAAUCCAUGCUUAACCAAGGAAAACUAUACAGAAAUGCAGGACAAAGUUAAGGCUGUCUUUGACCAGCUUAAGUCUGAUCCCGAGCUUGGUGGGACCUAUUAUCCUUUGGAGGGGAUGACCAAAGAAGUUCAAACCCAGUUGAUCAAGGAUCAUUUCCUGUUCAAAGAAGGAGAUCGCUUUUUGCAAGCCGCGAAUGCUUGUCGUUACUGGCCAACGGGACGUGGUAUUUACCAUAAUGACAAGAAGGCUAAUCUAACAAAAUUUUUAUUUAAUUUUACUUAA